UUUGCGUCAUUGUAUAUUUUGGUGAAAAAGGUGCCAUCAACAAAACAGCAGUCGUGGAUACCGCCGGUGAUUAUCAGGAGUCAGUGCUAGUGCCGCCGCCCUGCCCACCCGCCACACCGCCCUACCAGAGGCUAACAAAAGCGCUGCAGUGCGAUCCAAGAUGCGGACACGAGGUAACUAUCGGCCGACGCAUUGGUCUUUACAGAUUUUGCGGCGACAUUGGGCGUGGCAAUUUUUCCAAAGUCAAAUUAGCUGUUCACCAGUUAACCCGAGACAAAGUGGCUAUCAAAGUAGUUGACCGUGGAGGCUUGGAUGCGAAAGCUCUGCGUAUGCUGUCCAGUGAAAUUGCAACACUCGAAUGUGUGCAUCAUCCCAAUAUUUUAAGACUCUUCGAAGUGGUGGAGACACUGGGACGUGUGUAUCUGGUCACAGAGUGGAUACGCGGAGGCGAACUCUACAAUCACAUCACCCAGGGUGGUCCGCUGCGGGAGAUACACGCUGCGCCUUUGUACAAGCAGCUGUUGUUAGCCGUAAAACACAUGCAUAGCUUGGGCUUUGUACAUCGCGAUAUUAAGGCUGAAAAUGUGCUACUGCUGUCAGAGGAUCGCUUGAAGUUGGCCGAUUUUGGCUUUAGCACACAACUUAUCAAUGGUGCCAAUCAGAAACUGGACACGUUCUGUGGCUCGCCGCCUUAUGCAGCGCCGGAACUCUUUUCGGAUGAUCAUUAUAUUGGUGCGCCAGUGGAUAUUUGGGCUCUCGGCAUAUUGCUCUACUUUAUGGUUGUCGGUAAUAUGCCAUUUCGAGCGCCUACAAUACCUGGAUUGAAAGCGGCUAUAUUGAAGGGUGACUACCUGCUGCCUGGACAAUUAAGUCUACCAUGCAUAAGACUUAUACAACGCAUUCUCAUUCACAUCCCUGCUCGUCGACCAACCAUCGAUGAUAUGCUCAACAGUCAAUUUGUUUGCUAUCCAAAACUCAGCGCCGAACUUAUGCAAUACGAGAUCAACUUGCGCACGAAGCCCGUGAAGCGUUCCGGUUUCUGGGUGCGCUCGAAAUCCAGACGCAUGCGCAAAUCGUAUUCACUGCGCGAACGUUACAUGGAGGUGACCAAUAAGCCGCCCAUCAACAUGAAUACCCGCAAGAACGACGGUGUAUUCGUAGAUAAUUUCUUACAUCCGAUAGAAAUCAAUCGGGAUCUGCCAAACGAACUCAACAAAGAGCCAUCGAAGCCAAACACACCAAAGCGUUCUUUCUUCUGCGGCACGCUAAAAAAGAAAGUCAGCCCCAUGGAGAUCGAAAAAGAAAGGCAGUUUGCCAAUGGAAAUGGCUGUGAGAAUCGGCAAUGGAAUGUGGAUGUGGCCAUCGACUGUCCGCUUUUCAAGAAUUACGAUGUUGAGACCGGAGAGCUCAUUAUGCUGCCAACCGACACCGAUGAUUUGACAUUGGUGAAGCCACUGGAGUAUGAAGCGCGUCAGCUGCUGGACGAGCUGGGCAUCAGCUCGGAAAUGCUACGUGCGGCGUUACAAAAUGGUCCACGCAGCGAUAUAAUUGGGGCGUAUCGCAUUGUAGUGAAUCGGCUGCAGAAGCAGUCGUGGCUAGCGCGGAAGCAUGUCGAGCUGGCGCUGCAAGAAAUGCCAAAGAUUGAGAAAAAGAUGGAACGCUCGUGUUGCAUACUCUAAGGCGUUCCUGCAGUUUUCUCACUUCCACUACCAAAUACACACCAUUCUUAAUACUCCAUUUACCCAUACAACAUUUCAACAACCAACUGUCUUUCUCUGUCUGUGUCUGAAUCCACUGGCUCCACAACUCUUUAAAAACUACUCCAAACUUAUGCAUAAAUAUGUGACUAUGUCUAUCUACAUAAAUAAGUAGUUGUGUUUAUUAAUGGAAAGUGACAAAAUUUAUUGACAGAUGUACUAAGUGAAGUUACAAUACAUUUACAAGUACAUAGUUAGAUGUGUAAGUAGUGGUUUUGAUCUCUGAUCUUGAAGAAGAAGACUACUCAAGAAUUUCAUUAUGUCUGCAAGAAAUCGUUAGAAACGAAAAUACUUAUAUGUAUGUGUAAUGCGUCGUUAGUCGAAUUUUAUAGUUGUAGUUGUAAUGUAAUAAUAGUGAAAUUGUUAAUUAACCGUUAGCUGAAUAUGUUCGCUCCACAUAAACUUCAAGAAGCGGAUAUUCUAUGUAAUCAGUUAUGUACCAAAAAA